UAGGUCACCCUGGGGUGAGUUUCCAGCUUCAGAAGAAAGAAGUUGUUCUUUCCAUCAAAAACUUACAUUCAGUGGCAAAGGGCACAACUCCCUGAAGCUCUGGGUCAACUUUACACAAUUCCUGCCAAAGCCAGUCCCUACAAAUAAAUAACCCAUCUCCCACCCUCUGUGGCUCAGCCCUUUGUGCCCUGCAGGGUUCCUGCCUGCCCAUGCAGUGAUACCCCAGAUUUAUUCUAUCAUUACCUGACAUUGCACAGUGUGGGAGCCUCAGGGAGGUUGAACUCUCCUGGCCAGUUCCUGUAACUCUUCCCUCUGCUCCCAGCCCGCAGGUGCGAUGGCCACAGCGGCUUUCUGGGACUCAGCACCAGCUCAGCUCCUCUUCCCUCCAGGCACAGCCACUCUGCUGUGGACCAUGCACGUCACCAGGCCCAAAUCUGCCAAGGGACAGAGGCCAAGCCUAAGCCACCGCCAGGGAAUGGAGGCCUGUUCGUGUCGUGUGCCAUCUUCCUCACCAGCAGCCUCUCCUCGGGAAUUGCUGAACAGCCGGAGAGCACCACUCACAAAACCGGCCUUCCCACCUGUCCAGGUGUCUCCUGAGAAAAUCCCAAAGCUCCUGCAGCAAGUGCCUUUGAAGAGCUCCUCGUCCCUGAACAAGUACCGGGUGCUCCCCUCCAUCAUCCGGAAGGGCGUAGGGAGCGGCGCCGUGGAAGCGUUGGCUGAACGGACCGACCGGCUGGAGGUGACUGAGGGGCAGGGGGAUGCUCCAAAAGCCAUCAAGACUUUUUCUGGAGAACAGGGAUCUGCCAGCACGUUGUCAGGAAGUGACAUUCCCACUGAAGAGAGCUCCCACAUGCACUGUGCCCCUGGGCAGUGGGGAAGGCGGGCGAUGCAGGAGAGCCCUCGGGUGUUCCCUGGAAGCCUGGAAGAGCCGCACGUGCUGCUCGCUGUCCGAUCUCCCUCUGGGCAGAGGUUUGAGCACCACUUCAAGCCCUCUGACAGUCUCCAGACGGUUCUUGCCGUGGCAGGACAGAAAUUGUUGGCCAACUACCAACAGUGCAGCGUUGAAACCAUGGAGGUGCCCCGGAGGAGCUUCUCUGACCUUACAAAAUCCCUUCAGGAGUGCGGGAUCCUCCCCAAGUCUGUGCUGUGCAUCCGACGGGACGAGCAGCACGAUGCAGCAGAUCUUUAGGCACACAGAGAUGCUGUGGGUCCUUCUUCUUCCAAAAAACUGAGAGUCUGAUGCUUCCUGAAACCUACUUCUUUAUCUUCCAACUCCCACCAAAUACCGGUGAAGCAGUUAUGGAUAUGUAAUAGUAUUCGAAAUAAUAUUUCAGAAAAUAGUAUUUCAGGUGCAUAAACCUGAUUCAUACAGAGCAGCUUGUGUCACCUGUGCCAUCACAAAUUUCUGCCUCAGCACCACCAACCUUCAGCCUUUCUGGUUUGUUGAAGUUGCUGAUGUUCUUUGAACACUCAGGUUUCCAAGUCCUCUCCCCUUGUCCUUUUCUGUGUUUUGGGAAGUUAUCAGUUCUCUGAAUGCAGAAGCAUUUGGGAAGGUAGAAGCAGAGCUGGUUUAGCUACAGGAGCACCUUCAGUAGCUUAUCUUUAUCCUAAACAUCUUCUCAAGAGACUGAAAAGGAGAUCAAACCCCAAAACCAUCUGGAAAUAGCAAUAUUAAGACAUUAAUGAGUUAUUGUGAAGUAUUAAAUUGCAACACUGAUCAUAAAAUACCUGUGAGGGCUCAGGUGUAACCUCAGUCCAGCUCUUAACUUUGACUAAAUCAUCUUUUUAAGAACAAAUAAUUAUUAUUUUGGUUGUCUUGAGGAGCAGCAGGAUUUUCUCUUGAGUUUUCCUCCUCUUAUUCAGCUCAUGUGAUCCACAGGUAAGAAGAGAUGGAUAGUUAAGAAGAGAUGUUAAAGAUAAUUCCAUUUAACCCCUCUACACUACAGGGAGUUAGUCCAAGGAGCAAGUGCUGCUUUGGGAAUUUUUAAAUAAGGUGUUAAUGGGAUUUGACUGGGAAUUGGCUCAAGGACUAAGCCGUUUUUACUAAACCAUCAUUAAAAGGCUGGUUGGGUGACUAACCAGGUUUAGGCUAACACAAUGUGCUUGUGCUAAAAUAUGAGAAAUAUCUUCUAGUUUCUAAUGGAAUUUCAAAAGCAGUGAUUUUUAAUCUCCUUUAAAAAUGGAGCACUUGCCACACAGGUGGACUGACUUUAAAUGUUUUGGGGUAAACCCAGUUUAUUUUGAAGCUCAGUGUAACUGCUGAAACAGCACAGGAGCACAAACAGGAGCAGAAAGCUGAUUGCUGGUGCUGGCUGUGAGUGUGGUACCUGAUGCUAAAUCAAGUGUUCAGCAGCUUUAUAAAACCAGUAUGUGAUGGAGCAGUGGUCCCUGCUGCUGUUGGUGAUGGGAAUCGCUCAGCAGCAGUCCCAGAUAUUGAAAUGUAUGGAUGCCUUCAAGAGAACCAUGAAGUAUUUAACUUGGUUUCAGGAAAAAGGAUCAUCUUCCAUGUUUCCUUCAGUGUUAGGUAGUUAAUUCCCUAUUUCUGCCUGUUGUGUGUGCUGUUACUCCUUCAUUUCAGAGUGUUUCCAUCCUGUGUUAAAUAAAACCUUUUAGGCUGAAACUUGAACAUGAAAUGAUUUACAUGAGCUGAGGUUUAUCCAUCACACCUGCUCUUAAGAAACCUUUCAUUUGAUGGCAAAUACCUCAUGGGCUGCCCAAAGGGGUUUUUGGAAGGUCAGCUGCCCUCCAAGAACCUUCCUGAAGUUUGUACCUGUGAGAGAGCAAGAACAAUCACACAGUUCAGCAACUUGGCUCACAGUGGACUUCUCAUGCUGGAGGAUGUUCCUCCUGGAUAUCCAAGAUAAAGCUGGAUGAGUUUGGUCCUAAUCACCUCACCCAGGCCACAGCAUCUCCAAAGAUGGGUAAAAAAGUCUUGAUCUAGAUACACACAAUGCAGAAAACACCUCUUUUCUCCCUCAGUUCUCCUUCCCUUCACAACUGUUCAGGGGAGAUUUUAGCAGCAACUCUAAGCCCAAGCACAGGGGGAAGAAUAUUUAUCUGACCUCAUUUAUUGUGUGGCAUCAUUUAACAAACUUCUUUGUGGGAAUCUUUUAAGAAUUUCAGCAUUAAAAUUCAUUCUGUCACAAAUAUAAAACUUCUCAGGACUUUUGGCUGAGAAUAUCCUUACUGAGGUUUUUAAACACCAACAAACCAUUCAAGCAAGAAGUCAGCAAAGGGUUUGUUCAGUAUGUGUUCUUUAAUUCCAAUUAAAAGUACAUUAGAAACAGCACACAGGACCAGCAGCAGCUUCCAUGACAAUUCAACCCAAUACUCUGCUGUCACCAGGUCAUUCAGCUGUACUAGGAAAGUAGGUGAUUAAAUCAAGUCUUCCACUCCACACACAAGCACUCACUCACCUGCCACUUUAAAUAGGAUUCCAACAGAAUAAAAAUAGAUACACCCCAGAAUACAAAAAAGUUUAAUUUUAAGCUGUUUUUUUUUUUUUCUU